CGAGGGUACUAAAGGGAGGCGGAACCCAGAACCACUUCUAUCCCGACUGUGCUGCGUUGCUUGAAGACUCUUGACACCUUUUUCCUGGUGCACAGCCUCUCCUCACCAUGCCCACAGACGCUCAAAGCGAUGCUCGCUCCUUCCUCACGGAGGAGAUGAUUGCAGAGUUCAAAGCCGCCUUCGACAUGUUCGACACGGACGGCGGCGGUGACAUCAGCACCAAGGAGUUGGGCACCGUGAUGAGGAUGCUGGGUCAGAACCCAUCCAGGGAGGAGCUGGAUGCCAUCAUAGAGGAAGUGGAUGAAGACGGUAGCGGCACCAUCGACUUUGAGGAGUUCUUGGUCAUGAUGGUCCAACAGCUCAAAGAGGACCAGGCUGGCAAGAGUGAAGAGGAGUUGUCCGAAUGCUUCCGGAUUUUUGACAAGAACGCAGACGGCUUCAUCGACCGAGAGGAGUUUGGAGACAUUCUGCACAUGACCGGAGAACCGGUGACAGAGGAAGAUAUUGAUGAGAUGUUUGGAGAAUCCGACUCAAACAAAGACGGAAAGAUUGAUUUUGAUGAGUUCCUGAAGAUGAUGGAGAACGUCCAAUAAAGUCCCUGAUGUUUUCCCUCCUGUCCUCUCCUCUAUCACCACCAUGCUUGUAGGAAGUCCUCCUCUAGCACCUCCAUGCUUGUAGGAAGUCCUCCUCGAGCACCUCCAUGCUUGUAGGAAGGCCUCCUCCAGCACCUCCAUGUUUAUAGGAGGUUCUCCGGCACCUCCAUGUGAAAUAAAGCACUUUGCACCCA